AAGAGACAAAUACUUCUUUUGCAAUCACACAGAGCUGCUGAGGAUCCAGUUCGCUCACAUAUUUCAAAAGCCUUAAGAAGAGAUAGAAGGGUUUCUUAUCCAGCAUUAGUGUCUGAAUCUGGAAUCAUUUCUAUGGAAACUGGACGUCUUUUUAGACCUUAAAUUUAUUCUCAGGUAGUCAGGUUUAAACUCAGGUUCAGUUAUUCACUGGAAAUUCAAACAGACUCAGACAUUUAGAACAAACUAAGAACCUCGGUGCUGGAGGAAAUGUCUGCCGUGACUGCAUCACUCUGCUCAACUUUGCUGUUAGUCAACCUCUGCAUGUUUACCUCUGCAGACCGGAAAAUCAUCACAGCUGAGUCUGGACAGGACGUCACUCUAAUAUGUCGAGUUACAAACAACAACAUCAUAGGAGCUGUAAAGUGGACCAGACCAGGCCUGGAGACAGGAAAUGUCCUUUUGUACCACGAUGAUUACUUUGAUUCAUCCAACCAGCAUCCAUCUUUUAAGAACCGGGUGGAUCUGCAGGACAGACAGAUGAAGGAUGGAGACGUGUCUCUGAUUCUGAAGCAUGUGACGAUUAAUGACACUGGAACAUACGAGUGUCGUGUCUUCAUGGAAGAAACACGCUCAUGGGAGCUCAUCAGGAUCAUCUACCUGAGAGUUGUUCCUCCAGGUCAGCCAAGAGGAGUCACAGAGGAUGGAGGGAAGAAGGAAGAAGGGAAGAAGGAAGGAGGGAAGAAGGAUGAAUCUGUUGGACUAAACAAUCUACUUUUCCUGGUAGUUUCUGCUGUGCCCGUUGUUGUUAGUGGUAGUAUUACUGUUGUUGUUGGUAUUAUUUUUCUUCCUGUUUUUAUGAUGUGCAAAUAUUGUAAUGACAAGGGUUCAUACAAGGUACCUGAACGUGAUUACAUCUAGUGAUCAACUAUCCUACAUUCAUCAGCAGAUUAAUUUAGAUGUCAGACAUUCAGAAAACACAAACACUGUAUGUGAUGAUCUGGGUGUAGAUGAAGUUCUGUGGCUUAUAUGUGAUCAACAAUGUGCCUGAUAAUGUUCAGGAUCCAUUGAUCAGCUAUGACUGAAUGACAUUUGGGACAGUUUGGGAAUUAAGGGUCGUAUAAAGAAGUGUUGUUGUUUUUUUAAAAAAAAAUCUUGGUCUAAAAUAUGAACUCUGUGUGACAAUCCCCUCUUUAGGUGAAGGUUUUUGGUUUCCUUUUUUAGUGAAUAAGCUUGCAUAAUUGUUUCAGUCAGUCCAGUAAGGUUGAAUCUUAUAGAGUGUUUAAAGUGUUUUAUGAAAGUGAAGAUCCAUGUAGUUUCACACUGACACUUUUCUCUCUCUCUCUAAUCUCUUGAUAACCUCUUAUGUAACUUUUCUUACAAGAAAGCUAUAUAAUAAUUUAUAUUAUAAUUGCAGCAUUGCUUAAACUUUUCGUUUUCAAUAAAUAUUUACAUGUAAAGCAAAUGAACAUCCUUUUUGUACAUAUUUUUGUGAUGUAUCAUGAUGUGAAAUCUUUUAUUUAUUUUUAAUGAGAAACUGAAGUGUAGCAGAGAUCUUUGAGCUUCUCCCUGUAAUAACCUGGUAACAACAAUAAAAAUAAGAACAAAAUGUUAAA